CAGCCUGUAGGAUAAUGGGAGAUACAUGGGAAACUGGACAAGUCCAGAAACUCCAAACACCCCAUGUGAAUUUUUCUUGAUCACAUACUACUCCUUCACCAACAUCCAGAUAUAUGUUUCCUUUCUUCUAUUUUCUUCUACUCAUGUAUGUACCGAGCCCAUCCACCCACAAUUCUAGCACUUGGUGAAUCACUUCUUCCCCAGGUUUUGUCCUCACAGAAUUGGAUCUCCUUUCUUUCUUUCUUUCUUUCUCUUCUCCUUUGUCUGCCUCUUCUUGUUCAGACACUGGGGACAACUAGAUUUCCACAAGUUUCAUCUUUGAUCUUCGAGUAUGACUUACUAGUUUGCUAACUCAGUUUAGCUGCGUCAUCUCUGCAAUCUUCUCCUGCGCCUUCUGAAGUUCUUCGAGGCAUUGCAAACACAUAAUCUUGCUAUAAGCUUCGACCCUUUCAUCAUUCCCAGCAUGUGGGAAUCUGAAGGCGAGGCCCGAGGUGGUGGAAGAGAGCAUGGCAUCGGCUGCCUUGAUCCUGACAGGCAUGAUGGAGUCGAGUCCGAUGGCUUCGAGUGCAGGAAUGAGUCUCGUAGGUAUGCUUCCAGCGAUAUUCCUAGUGAUUUGCUAGUUAAAGUGAGAGGUGCCAGCUUCCAUCUGCACAAGUAUCCUCUACUCUCAAGGAGUGGAAGGAUGAACCGAAUUAUAUGCGAAUCAUCGCGGGACUCGGAACUGAUUGAGGUAGAAUUGAAUGAUAUCCCUGGUGGCCCGGAGUCAUUUGAACUAGCGGCGAAGUUCUGCUAUGGCUUUGCAGUCGACCUGACUGCCUCCAACAUCUCCGGCCUGCGAAGUGCUGCGGAGUAUUUGGAGAUGACAGAGGAUUUGGAAGAGGGAAACUUGAUUUUCAAAACAGAAGCCUUCCUCAGCUAUGUAGUCCUGUCCUCAUGGCGGGACUCAAUCGUCGUGCUGAAGAGCUGCGAGAGCCUCUCUCCAUGGGCAGAGAACAUCCAGAUUGUGCGUCGGUGCAGCGAGUCCAUCGCUUGGAAGGCCUGCGCAAACCCGAGGGGCAUUCGGUGGGCGUAUACCGGGAGGCCAACCAGGACUUGCAGUCCCAAAUGGAACAGUGGUGACUCCAAAGACUCAAGCCCCGGCAAGAACCAGCCAGUCCCGCCGGACUGGUGGUUCGAAGAUGUGUCGAUACUCAGAAUCGAUCACUUCGUGCGAGUUGUUACUGCCAUCAAGGUGAAGGGUAUGAGGUUCGAUUUGAUCGGCGCUGCAAUCAUGCACUAUGCUUCUAAAUGGCUCCCAGGACUAGCAAAAGAAGGGGCUCGAGGGAGCGACGACGCAUGGAACCAGGGAGGACUGCACUUGACCGUCGCAGGGUCGGCUAACAAGGAGGACUUAUCGAGCUCGCAGAUUCGAGAGCAACGAAUGGUUAUCGAGAGCCUCAUAAGCAUAAUUCCACCUCAAAAGGACUCUGUUUCAUGCUGUUUUCUCCUUCGAAUGCUGAGGUUGGCGAACAUCCUGAAGGUGGCACCGGCGCUGGGCACAGAAUUAGAGAAAAGAGUUGGAAUGCAGCUCGAGCAGGCCACUCUGCAAGACCUUUUGAUACCUUCCUACAACAGGGGUGAGACAUCGUAUGAUGUUGAUCUGGUUCAUAGGCUCCUCGAGCAUUUCUUGGUCCAAGAGCAAACAGAGGCUUCGAGCCCCGGAAGGGAGCCAUAUCCUGAGAAAUGUGGAUAUGAUGCGAACUCGAGGCCGAGUGUCCCCAUUGCAAAGCUAAGAGUUGCAAAGCUAUUGGAUAGUUAUCUUACUGAGGUUUCGAGGGACCGGAAUCUGUCACUCACCAAAUUUCAAGUCUUGGCAGAGGCCUUGCCGGACUCAGCAAGGACUUGUGACGAUGGAUUGUACAGAGCGGUGGAUUCUUAUCUCAAGGCACAUCCAACGCUCACCGAGCAUGAACGGAAGCGGCUCUGCCGAGUGAUGGAUUGCCAGAAGCUUUCAAUUGAUGCCUGUACGCAUGCUGCACAGAACGAACGCCUUCCACUUCGGGUUGUAGUCCAAGUCCUGUUCUCUGAGCAACUGAAAAUAAGCAAUGCAAUCGCAAACGCAUCACUGAAGGAAGCAGGGGAGUCCCACCUCCAGCCCAUGAUGUGCACCAGAAGGCAGCUCCUCGAGGGGACCCCUCAAUCCUUCCAAGAAGGAUGGGCAACAGCAAAGAAGGACAUCAACACACUGAAGUUUGAGAUGGAGAGCAUGAAGGCUAAGUACCUCGAGCUCCAAAGUGAUAUGGAUAACUUGCAGAGGCAGUUUGAGAAGAUGGCAUCAACCAAGUCCAGCAAGCAGUCGUUAUCAGCUUGGAGCGCUGGGUGGAAGAAGCUAAGCAAGCUAACCAAGAUCACAAGCGCUGUAGCUCAUGACAAAGGAGCUCAGAUUCCAGAAACGGGGGUGGCAGAGACGACAAGGAAGGGCCCGAGGAGGUGGAGGAAUUCAAUCUCUUGAAGAAACGUAGCGAUGAAAGAGAACAGAUUAGAGUAUCCUUUUUCUUCCCUCCGUUCUUUAUUUGUGCUGGAAGAGCGAUAAGGUGCUUGUAAGAAGAAAUAGCUGCACUUUAAGAAGUAGGCCUGUCAAUAAAGCUUGCCAUUUGAGUUUGGUUGAUGUAUCA